AUGGCGCUGGUGGCAGUGCAAGUGGUGCUGUGUGAGAGAGAGUGCAUGGCGCUGGUGGCAGUGCAAGUGGUGCUGUGUGAGAGAGAGUGCAUGCUGCUGGUGGCAGUGCAAGUGGUGCUGUGUGAGAGAGAGUGCAUGGCGCUGGUGGCAGUGCAAGUGGUGCUGUGUGAGAGAGAGUGCAUGCCGCUGGUGGCAGUGCAAGUGGUGCUGUGUGAGAGAGAGUGCAUGGCGCUGGUGGCAGUGCAAGUGGUGCUGUGUGAGAGAGAGUGCAUGGCGCUGGUGGCAGUGCAAGUGGUGCUGUGUGAGAGAGAGUGCAUGGCGCUGGUGGCAGUGCAAGUGGUGCUGUGUGAGAGAGAGUGCAUGGCGCUGGUGGCAGUGCAAGUGGUGCUGUGUGAGAGAGAGUGCAUGCCGCUGGUGGCAGUGCAAGUGGUGCUGUGUGAGAGAGAGUGCAUGGCGCUGGUGGCAGUGCAAGUGGUGCUGUGUGAGAGAGAGUGCAUGGCGCUGGUGGCAGUGCAAGUGGUGCUGUGUGAGAGAGAGUGCAUGCCGCUGGUGGCAGUGCAAGUGGUGCUGUGUGAGAGAGAGUGCAUGCCGCUGGUUGAACUUACGUCGGGGGAUGAUGGGGCAUAUGAGCUCCCCGUUCUUCAGCAGGCUCUGAACGUAGCACAAGGAUAUGGGGUUAAUGCAGAAGGAGAGUGA